AACUACAUCUCCCUUGUUAGCCUCCUGCGAAGCUCUGCGCGACGAAGCGCAAGCGUUCCAGCUGUCAUGGGACUCUCCAAGACCAACAGGAUCAUCAUCCUGCUCGUCAUCGACACUGCAUUCUUUUUUUUGGAGUUGAUUACCGGUUAUGCCGUCCACUCGCUCGCUCUAGUCGCCGAUUCCUUUCAUAUGCUCAAUGAUGUCUUGUCCUUGUGUGUUGGACUGUGGGCCGUCAAGGUGGCGAACCGCGAAACUAAUUCGAAAAUGUAUACUUAUGGCUGGCAGCGGGCUGAAACGCUAGGUGCAUUGGUCAAUGGUGUUUUCUUGGUCGCCCUAUGCAUGUCGAUUUUUCUAGAGGCAACUCAGCGAUUGUUUGAGCCCCAGGAAGUGCAGAACCCCAAGCUAAUCUGCAUCGUUGGUUGCUUUGGCCUUCUCUCAAACAUCCUUGGCUUGGCCCUCUUUCAUGACCACGGCCAUGCUCAUGGUGGCCAUGGCCAUGAUCACGGUCACACCCAUGACGAAGACAUCGAGUCGGGUCAUGACGAUCACGAACAUAGCCACUCGGGCACAGAUCAUCAUACCAAUGGUAACAGCCACCUCGAGGCUCCUUCACAACAUGGUCUUCCACACGCAGCGACCGACCCCGCCUCUCCAUCUCGGAAGCGCCGUGGAGCAGACUCCCAAAGCCGUACCUCUCGACGAUACAGCACCUCCGGCCUGACCAGUGUCGAGGACAUCUACGUACAUCCCGCGACAAUGCGACAAGAUAUCAUUGCUGCCAGCCGGGGCUCCUUUGACAACGAGUCGUCCGACUCAGAUACCCGCGAUGACGAAACCCCUACUGAGCGCUCUGGCCUCCUCCACCAUCGGGACCGCGUCUCAAACUACACUGAUGAAGAUGGUGGUCCGUUGAAGGCCCCCAGCCACGUUGAGGAGGACUUGCACAAGCAUCACAAUCACGCCCAGCCCAAGCCCAAGGGUCAGAAGGGUGGUCAUAGCCAUGACCUGAACAUGCGCGGAGUUUUCCUCCACGUCAUGGGUGACGCCCUUGGCAACAUCGGUGUGAUCGCCUCUGCGUUGGUGAUCUGGUUAACAGACUACGAUUGGCGCUUUUACGUAGAUCCAGGUAUUUCUCUGGUCAUCACCCUCAUCAUUCUUGCCUCUGCGAUUCCUCUGUGUAAGGCCGCGUCGCGAAUCCUACUGCAGGCCGUGCCCGCGGGUUUGAGCAUCGACCAUAUCAAGGAAGACAUUGAAGGACUGCCGGGUAUCACUGGCUCACACCAUCUUCACGUGUGGCAGCUGAGCGACACAAAGGUCGUGGCCUCAAUUCACAUCCAGGUCGAUACGGAAAUCAAGGGUGAGGGAUCGGAGAGAUAUAUGCGUCUUGCCCGCCAAGUUCGACGGUGCCUCCACGCCUACGGUAUUCAUUCCUCGACCAUCCAGCCAGAGUUUGCCCCCGAAAGCGAUACCGAAGAUGGGCCGAACCCGAUCCAGGCAUCAUCGUCUCGGUCGGGUGCCGACGAGGUGAAUUCUAGCCAAGCUACUAGCCUGCGGGAUGGUGAUUCCCAGGCUUGUCUCCUCGAGUGCGAUGAUAAUUGUGCCCAAGGGGGUCAAUGCUGCCCCAAAAAGUGAAAUUCCAAGUUUUGUGUUUUUUCUUUUCC